AUGCAUGCUCAACCUGUUAUCAAGGACUAUGACACCAUUGCCUCUACGACUGAUUUUGCCAAGUUGCAAAGCGAAGGUAUUCUCUUGACCAACUUCAAUGCCAUUCGACACCCUUCUCAACCCAAUUACAUUGCUGCUGCUGCUGGUGAUACAUUGGGUGUGACAGGCGAUGGUGUGUACCAUCUCUCGGCUGACAAGACAUCGAUCUUUGACUUGCUUGAAAAGAAGGGAUUGACUUGGAAGUUGUAUCAAGAAGACAUUCCUUCUGUUGGCUAUACAGGUGCCAAGUCUGGGGAUUAUGUUCGUAAGCAUAACCCUGCUAUCAGUUUUGAUGCGAUCGCUAAUGAUCCUAAUCGUGCCAAGAAUAUUGUUGGAGCCGAUCAACUUCAAAAGGACAUUAGUGCCAACACUGUUCCCAACUGGAUGUUCUUUACGCCUAAUUUGAAAAAUGAUGGUCAUGAUACCACUGCUGCUUAUGCUGGUAAAUGGCUUAGUAACUUUGUUAGCUCUACUUUGUACAGCAAUCCUGACUUUUACAAAAACACAUUUAUUUUGAUUACCUUUGAUGAGACGGCUAGUUACUUUAGCAGAAACAAAGUCUGGUCUCUUCUUUUAGGAAAUAUUCCUACUGAUAAGAAGGGUACAACUGACAAUACUUUUUACUCUCAUUAUUCUACGCUCAAUACGGUUGAACUUAACUGGGGACUUGGCAAUUUGGGUCGUCAAGAUACAAACAAAUUGAUGUCUAAUGUGUUUAGUUAUGCCGCUGGUGCUUUGGGCUACACUAAUAUGGAUGUUCCUACCAGUAGCAUCCCCAAAAACAAUUAAAAAAAA